AUGCUCUCAGGUGGGGCUGUGGCUUAUCACAACAUGAGCCCCUCCGUCUUCCUCCUGUGGCUUGUCACUAUUCCUUUCCUUGCCCACUCUGCCCUAGCUUCUAACCCUCUAGGAUAUUUUAUAGACUGUGGGGGCUCCAAAGAGGUAACGGUAGACAAUCUCACGUACAUUCCUGAUGGAAGCUACACGAAGGUGGGUAACACAACCACCAUCAAGAAACCAGACUUGUUGCCCAUAUUCUCCACAUUGCGUUACUUUCCAGACACAUCGGCUAGGAAAUAUUGCUAUUCAUUGCCCACCAUCAAAGGCAACAAAUACCUAGUGAAGACCAUGUACUAUUAUGGAGAGUUUGAUGGAGGAAAGCAACCUCCAGUGUUUGAUCAAAUCGUUGAAGGGACCAAAUGGAGCAUCGUGAACACCACAGAUGACUAUGCCAAAGGUCUAAGUUCCUACUAUGAGGUUGUGGUAAGUUCGUCAGGGAAGACAUUGAGCGUGUGCUUGGCCAGGAAUGCACACACUGGUAAUCAAAGCCCGUUUAUUUCAGCCUUGGAGGUAAAGAGCUUGGAUGCUACUUUGUAUAAUCCUACUGACUUUGCCAAGUAUGCUCUUGUAACCGUUGCCAGGCAUGUGUUUGGAGGUGAACAGAUCAUUAGUUUUCCAGAUGACAAAUUCAACAGGAUGUGGCAACCAUUUAAGGACCAGAAUCCUGUUGUGGCAAGCCAGUCAAAUGUAACUGCUUCAGACUUUUGGAACCUCCCUCCAGUUAAAGCAUUCAGUUCUGGAAUUACCACUAGUCGAGGGAAGACACUUGAAAUUCAGUGGCCUCCUGUGUCCCUUCCAAGCACCUACUACUACAUUUCUCUCUAUUUUCAAGACAACAGAAGUCCAAGCCCAUAUAGCUGGAGAGUAUUUGAUGUUUCUAUUAAUGGCCAUACUUUUUUUGCAAGUCUUAAUGCCACAUCAAAGGGUGUCACGGUUUAUGCUGCACAGUGGCCACUCUCUGGUCAGACCAAAAUUACAUUGACCCCUGGUAGUGGCAUACCCGUUGGACCUGUGAUCAAUGCUGGAGAAAUUUAUCAGAUUCUACCUCUUGGUGGUCGAACUCACACUAGAGAUGUGAUUGCAAUGGAGGAUUUGGCUAGAAGCAUUCAAAAUCCACCUCCUGAUUGGCACGGUGAUCCUUGCCUACCUAAAGGGAAUUCAUGGACUGGAGUUACAUGCUCUGAUAAAUUUAUUGCACGAGUCAUCACUGUGAACUUAACAAAUGCUGGGCUUGCUGGGUCACUUCCUCCAUCUAUUGGCCAUCUAAGUGCACUUGUUCAUCUUUGGCUAGGGGGAAACAAACUCUCAGGCACCAUCCCCGACUUGAGUGGAUUAAAGGAGUUAGAAACUUUGCAUUUGGAGAGAAACAAGUUUGAAGGAUCACUUCCUCCAUCAAUAAAGGAACUCCCAAGGCUGCAUGAAAUGUAA